AUGCCUCCCCAUUUGCCCGGCCAGUCCGGUCACGGAUUGCAAGCAGGAGGGCACGGACACGGGGCGGCAGUAACAGGUCUUGCGCCUGCUGCAGACCGCAUGGGGGGCAGCGAGGGGGGAAGCUUGGGGGGAGCCUGGGCUGGGAGCAACGAGGGGGGAAGCUUGGGAGGUGCCCGGUUCGGAGGCAGUGAGGGGGGGAGUCAGGGGGGAGACAUGAGGCAGCCUGGCGGACAAGGGCUAGGGAUGCCAGGGGGGGUUUCUGUGGCGGCUGGUGCGCCUGGGACGCGUCUGUCUGGUGCUGGUGGUUCUGUGGGAGUGGGGGUUGGAGAGGGGGAGAGAGCAGCAGCAGCGGCAGCAGCAGCGGCGGCAGCAGCACAAGCAAGAGCUGAAGCCGGUGAUCCAAAGCACAGGCUGGGAGGGGACACGGAUGCAUCCCACAUCAGACCCUUCGCGCUCCCUCCUACUCCGUCUCCUCCUCCUGCUGCUGCUGCUUCUCCUGCUGCUCCUGCUGCUACUCCCGCUCGCCCAAACGCGUCAGCAGCAGCAGAGAUGGGAUCUGGUUUCGCUAGCAGCAGCCACGCAGCAGCAGUGCCAGCAGCAGCAGCAGCCGAUGCAGCCUCUGGGUUCAUAUCCCCCCACACAGACGCUGCUGCUCCUGCAGCAGCGGCAGCUGGGGGUGGGGCGGCACAUGUGGACUGGCGCUUAGGACAGGGUCACGCUGCCUCUGGGGUUGGGGCUGCAGCUGAGUCCGGGGAGAGCAAAGCGGCUGGGAAAGCGGGUGGUGGGCAUGGGGAUGGGGAGGGAGCGUUUGCAGGGAGAGGGAGGGGAGUGAGAGGUCUGGGUCGAGGGGGACGAGGCGGGGGACGGGGAGGAGGAGGAGGGGGAGGAGGAGGGGGUGGGGGAGGUGUUGGUGGUGUGGCGGGUGUGGUUGUUUCAGCAGGAGGAGAAGGAGAGGAGGGAAGAGGGGGAGGUGAGGGAGGCAGGGGAGGAGGUGGGAGUGGAAUAGAGGAAGGUACUGAAGCUGGUGCAGGGAUAGCACUUCAGGCGGGAGGAGCAGAGGCGGGGGGCGGGGAGGGGGGGGAACUGGGCCCAGAGGCGGGGGGAGGGGGAACAAAGGGGAGGGAGGGGAGGGCGGAGGGCGAGGGGGGAGGGGGGCGAGGAGUGGUAGGGGAGAGGGGGGAAGAGGAGGGGCUGGGCAGGCAGGGGCCGGCGAAAAAGUUUGUCAGCAAGGCCAAAGCAGCAGCAGCAGCCACAGCAGCAGCAGCGGCUGCUACAGCGUCUGCCCCCACGCCAGGUCCCCACCCCCCUGCAGGCCGGCCAAAAGCCGGCCCGGGAGCAGCAACUGGGGCAGCAGGGGGAGCAGCAGCAGGGGCGGCUGGGCCUGGUGGUAGGCCCACUGCUCCUGUGUCGAUGUCAGCACAGGAGGCAGAGGUAGCAGAGGCGCUCUUUGACUUUGCCAACCUGCUCGCGUUUGGAUCAAAUGAAGCCGAAGAGGAAGCACCACUCAAGAAGCGGAGAGGGGCAGCGGCAGCAGCAGCAGCAGCAGCAGCAGCAGCAGCGGCGGCAGCGGGUCAAGCGGGAGGUGAAAUCUCUGCUAAAGCAGCCGCAAUGGCCGCAGCACAGACCGUACCAGCAGGUGCAACAGCAGCAGCAGCAGGAGCAGCAGGAGCGGGGGCGGCUGUAGGAGGGGGAGGAGGAGCAGGUGGGAAAGCAGGCAGUGCCCCUUCCACCCCACCGGAGGUAUCAGGUCCCAUAGGGCAGGUGCUUUCCCUCCCACCCACCCUCGGUCCAGCCAGCAGAGAUCCUCAGGGACCCUUUUCCGCUGCUGUUGCUGCUGCAGCAGCAGCAGGUGCUGCUGGUGGCCCUUCAGGUGUAAACCCAGGUGCAGGAUCAACGAGUCUUCUGGGCACCCCCCUGGCCUCGCCUCGCGCUGUCCUGCCUUCUCCGCCUCUAGGGUUCCCCAUUGCAGCAGCAGCUGGGGCGGGGAUGGGCGUGGGCGCGGGCGGGCAGGGCGCAGGGGCGGCGGCUGAUGUGUCUCGGCUGCUUGUGUGUGGGGGGAAUGAGGCGGAUGGACGGGGGCAGUAUGGGGGAGGGGCGGGGGGAGCAGGGGGGGGGGAUGGGGGGAGGAGCAGGGGAGGGGGUUGUGGGGCCGGGAGACGGCAGCACCAGGCAGGCCAAGCACAGCCCUGCCUCCUCUGCCGUCCUCCGUGCCCCUGCGGCUGCCUCCCUGGCUGCUGCAGCAGGGCCCUGUACACUCGCCCCCUUCGCCUCCCUCUCUCACAAUACUUCCCCCCUGUCUCCGCCACCCCCCUCCCCGCCCCCUUCCCUACAGACGGCAGCACCAGGCAGACCAAGCAUGGCCCAGCCUCCUCUGCUGCCCUCCGCGCCCCUGCUGCCGCCGCCCUGGCUGCUGCUGCAGGCCCCUUACACUCCCCCUCCGCCCCUCCUGUGCCAGGCAUUGCAGGGGCAGUGGGUAGCGGUGGGGGUAUGUUGGGCGGGGUAACAGGGGGUGCCAGUGGGGGGGCACAGGGGACACAACCCCUGCUUCACGUCUCACCUCCUCUUCCAUUACCCGGCCAUGCUGGCCCUGCCGUCGCUGCUCCCACUGCUGCUACUGCUUCUGCUGCCCCUCCUCCCCUGCGCCCGCCCCACCCAAUCGCACCCUCAAGUGCAGCCACUACAGGUGCCACCGGGGGAGGUGCAUCUGGAACAGGCACAGCUGGUCUUCUCAGUAUCGCCCCAAGGGCUCUAGCUCCCAGGCCCAUCGCCCCUCUAACAGGCCAGCCAAACCCAGGGGCAAUGGCAGGAGGGCUUGGGGUUGGGGUUGCGCCUCUGACGAUGCCCAACCCUGCUGCGGUUCUUCCCCCGCAAGCGGCUGGUUUUGGCUCCAUGGGCCAGAAUCGGAUGCUGCUUCCUGUUCCCACUUUGAACGCUGCAGCAGCUGCUGCGGGUGCCGGUCCUGGUUCCGGUCCUGGUACCCCUGGGGCAGCUGCGGGUGCUGGUGGUGGUGGUGCGGAUACAGGAGCAGGAGCAGGAGGAGGAGCAGCAGCAGGAGGUGUAGUUGGAACAGGGGUGGUAGGGGCAGUGAAGGACCAACGGCAAACGGGUAGGCAUCUAACUUUAGAAAAUCUUCUCGGUGCUGCCAGCUCAGCACGAGGUGGCGCACAUGCUAGCGCAGCCCGCCCUGUCACAUCACCUUCGGCGCUCCUCCGAGCCACCGCCGUGCCAGGUCCGGUGGCCGGCUCGCCAGGCUCGGCGGCAGGGACGGCUGGCGCCGCGGCAAGCCCCCCUGGUUCGGCAUCGCAGAACCUGUCGAGUGUGUUGGCUGCUGCUAGGGCUGCCUCUUCUGCUGCCCGGGGCACUCCUCUGGCCGCCGGGGCUCCUGGUCCUCCUGGUGCUGCAUCUGCUUCUCCUGCUUUUUCUGCUGCUGCAUCUGCUUCUCCUGCUCCUUCUGCUGCUGCAUCUGCUUCUCCUGCUCCUUCUGCUGCUGCUCCUGCUAACGCCACUGCUGCAGGAGCUACUGCAAGUCCCAUGCUACCCGCAGGAGCAGCAGCAGCAGCAGCAGCAGCAGCAGCAGGGGGUGGGGUUCCGGCCUUUCACAACUCUGUCCCAUCCUAUUCUCCUCUCGCUGGUGGAAACCCAUCCUUUGCCCCGAAUUCCCAUGGGCUCGCUUCUUCCCAUGCUCACGCCACCGCCGUUGCCCAUGCUGCCUCCACUCCCCCCCCGCAGCUGUUUGCUUCCCCGCUCACUGGUGCACCGCUGGCACCAGGGGGGCAGGGAGCGGAGAAGGGGGGGAAGGGGGCGGGAGAGGCAAAGGGGCCUGGUGGAGUGGUGGGUGCGGGAGGAGAGGGGGGAGUGGACCAGCAGACGAGGCUGCGCAUGGGGCUGCCAUCAGCCAUGCCUGCCACUACAGACAGCAAGGACAAGUGGCCGCCGCAGCUGCAGCAGCUGCGAAUGGGACCACCGUCAGCCACGGCCACCACUACAGACAGCAAGGACCAGUGGCCGCCGCAGCAGCAGCAGUCACUGCGCUCUAACAAGCUUGAGCUUGAUCUCAUGUCCCCACCCGGCAACGGUCUUUCGCUGCUGGUUCCGAGUUCAGAGCGGUUGGGAGCGGUGGACGAGGAGGAGACAGCGGAAGGGGAGAGCAAGACGCAUGUGCAACGCUUCCCCCCUCCGCCCGCCCACCUUGCCCCCAUGCACCACACUCCCCCCGGCAUGCCCCACAAUCCCCCUGGGAUGCCCCCAUCCGGGGCACCUACUCACGGAGCAGCAGCAGCAGCAGCAGCCGCAGCGGCUGCAGCAGCGGCAGCUGCUGCGUCUAUGCCUUUGCCGUUAGGGUUGGGAGGGUGGCCGAUUCCUGGGAUUGGGUUUUUCCCUCAGGCUGCAGCUGCGGCAGCAGCGGCUGCAGCUGCUGCUGGGUGGCCCCCUCCCUCUGCUGGAGGCCCCUCCUCGCUUCCCUCCUCUCUCCCCUCCUCUCUUGCCUCGUCUCUCCCCUCCUCGCUUCCCUCGUCUCUCCCCUCUUCCCUCCCUGCCUCCCUGUCGCAUACAGGGCCGUCACUGCUCCAGCAUGCUGGAGUGGCGUCACUGGCACAUGCAGGGAGGGACGAUGGGGUCUCCUCACCUGCUCCUCCUGGCCAUCCGUCGCAGCACACUCUCCCUCAACCGCCCCCAGGCUUACUCCCUCUGCCUUCGCAGCAGCAGCAGCAGCAGCUGCACGGGCGGCGGCCUUGGAAACGUUGUGCUCUGCACGUUUACAUCGCCCACUUUAUUGAGCUCAACCGGCAUGUAGCACGUCAACAGCAGCAGCAACAGCAACAGCAGCAGCAGCAACAACAGCAGCAGCAGCAACAGCAGCAGCAGCAUCACCACCACCCGUUCUACCCCCCGCAUUUCAGCAACUAUGCAGCGGCGGCAGCGGCGGCGGCAGCAGCAGCGGUAGCAGCUUCAAAGCAGCAGCCUCCGUAUGGGAUGGCCAUGCCGGGGCAUAUUCCUGGUGCGCCUCCCUUUGGCUUGCAAGCAGGUGGGGCAGCAGGCGGAGCAGCAAGUGCAGCAGCAGCGGCAGGUGCAGCGGCAGCGGCAGCGGCUGCAGCAGCAGGGGCGGCAGGCGGGGCAGCAGGUACAGGUGUGGCUCAAGCUCCCCUGCCUUCCGCUCUCCCUGUUCCUCUCUCAGCCCCCCCAACAGUCUCUGCUGCCGCUGCUGCUGCCGCUGCCGCUACCGCUGCAGUAGCUUCGGCAGCUGCAACUUCGACGGCGCCAGCAUCGGCAGCUGCAUCCGCGCCCGGUGCAGCAGGUUUGGCGCCUGGAGCUUCUCCGAGCCUCCCACACGGUUUGGGAACGGGUGCAAGUGGGGCAGGGGCAGGGAAGGAUAAGGUGGUUACUGGCUCGGAAGGAGGAGAGAAAAAUGGCGUGAGCAGAGGGGUCAGUGGGCAGGUGGCAAGUAUGGUUGGUGCUUCAGGUGCUCCGGUUCAGAGCGGUGCUGCAGGGGGGCCGUCCACCCACCUGAGAAUACCUGGGCUUUUCCCCGCAGGGGUGGUUCAGGCAGGGGUGGCACAGGCAGGGGCGGCACAGGCAGGGGCGGCACAGGCAGGGGCGGCACAGGCAGGGGCGGCACAGGCAGGGGCGGCACAGGCAGGGGCAGCACAGGCAGGGGCGGCACAGGCAGGGGCGGCACAGGCAGGGGCAGCACAGGCAGGGGUGGCACAGGUAGGGGUGGCACAGGUAGGGGCGGCACCGGCAGGGGUAGGGCAAGGGGUUGGGCAAGGGGUUGGGCAAGCAAGUGCAGGGCAGGCGGGAAUGGGACAGGCAGGGGCAGUGGCACGAGGGUCUGGACAGGCAGGGGUGGGGCAUCCAGGGGCGGUGGCAGCAGGGGCGGCUCAAGCAGGGGCGGUUCAACCAGGGCCGGUUCAACCAGGGGCAGUGCCAGCAGGUGUUAUCCAGAGGCCAGGAGGGCAGGGAUUGGGGAUGGGGCUACCAGGUGCGGUGCUGCCAGGGAAUGCGGGGCAGCAUAAGGGGAGUACUCUAUUACCACCUCUGUUGUUGCCACAGCAGCAGCUGGGGCAGCAGCAGCAGCAGCACCUGAAUGUCCUUCCAUGUGUGGCUGCUGGAUCGCCAUCGCCUCCGCUGCCACUGCCGCUGCCACAGCAGCAGCAGCAGCAGCAGUUGGGCCAGCAGCAGCGGCAGCAGCAGCAGCAGCAGCAGCAGCAGCAGAAGGGGAAUGUCCUUCCACGUGUAACCGGCGCCUCACCAUCUCCACCGCUGCCACAGCAGCAGCUGCAGCAGCAGCAGGGGCAGCUGGGGCAGCAGCCGCAUGUUGGGAUGCAGCAGAGACCUGUGUUGCUACCACGGCUGCCACAGCCGCAGCAGCAGCAGCAGCAGCAGCAGCAGGCGAAGCCAACACAGUUAGCACCACAUAAAGUGCUAUUGCCAAAGCUGCAGCAACAAUCCCAGCAGUCUCUACUGAACCAGCAGCAGCAACAGCCCCUGCAGCAGCAGCAGCAGGUGAGGGAGGGGCAGGAACCAGUGCAGAAGAGAAUGAGAACGGAGAAGCAGCAGGUGCAGGGGGUAGCAACAGCAGGGCAGGCAGGCACUGUGGGGGCAGGCAGUGGUGCAGGGGCAGGGAACGCUAACGGGGCUGGUGCUGCUGUUGCUCCUGGUUUGAAGCCGCAAGGAAGGCAGAUGCAGCCGGGACAGGUGGUAUCAGGGCAAAUGCUACCAGGACAGGUGCUAUCGGGGCAGGUGCAGCCGGGACAGGUGCUACCAGGGCAGGUGCUACCAGGGCAGGUGCUACCAGGGCAGGUGCUACCAAGGCAGGUGCUACCAGGGCAGGUGCUACCUGGGCCGGUACCGCUGGCCCAGGUGCAGCCGGGGCAGGUGCAGCCGGGGCAGGUGCAGCCGGGGCAGGUGCAGCCGGGGCAGGUACAACUCCAGCCCAGGCAGGUGCCCCCGGGACAGGUGCAGGCAGGGCAGGUGCAGCUGGGGCAGGUGCCACCUGUUGCAGCAGCACCUGUUGUGGCACCUGUUGCAGCAGCACCUGUUGUGGCACCUGUUGCAGCAGCAGCAGCGUCCGUGGCACCAACACCAGCAGCAGCACCAGCAGCAGCAGCACCAGCAGCAUCUGUGUCAAAUCCUGUUGCACCACUGCCUGUUCCACUAGGGGCGCAGGGGCAGGCGCAGGGGCAUGGGCAUGGGCCUGCUGAGAAGGUGGUAUUUGGGCAGGUGCUUCCAGGGCAGGUGCUUCCAGGGCAGGUGCCACCUGGCAAGGAGUCGGCAGUUUCCAUUACAAACCUAGGGAGCAAUGCAGCAAAGGCCACAGAGCAGCAGCAGCAGCAGCAGCAGCAGCACAAUAAAGGUGUGCCUGUGCCUCCAGCACCACUCACGUGUGCUAUCAAGGGAAGUCCUGUUCCUGUUCCCUCUGCACAGGCGUCUGCUGCUAAGGUUGCUCCUGUGCUUGUUCCUUCCCCCCACCUCCGUUCCCCCUAUCCCCGUUUCCCCCGCCUCCGUUCCCCCCACCCCUGUUUCGCCA